AUGAAGCUUGCGAGAAGCAAGAUUUCACUGGAUGACCUCGGCAUAUCGAAUACGCGAAUAAGGAGGGCGCAAGCAGGCGGCCUCCUUGUCGAAAUACCGGGAGGUGAGGAAGCCGGGGCCAAGGCCGAGGCCCUUGUAGGCAGACUGAGGAACGUCCUCUCCGAAAGCCAAUUUGGAGAGGAGGUCCAAAUAGUGAGGCCAAUGAGGAGAGCAGAGAUCAGAUUGAUGGACAUAGACCAAUCCGUCUCUGCCGAUGAAGUAGCCGAGGCAGUGGCCAAAAACGGUCAGGCUCAUACUGCGGACAUUAGGGUCGGCCCCCUUAGGCCCGGGAGAGGAGGCCUUAGUGUGGUGUGGGUGCAGUGCCCUCUGGCCUGUGCCAAUAAGUUAUUAAGUGCCGGUCGAGUGAGAGUGGGCUAG